AUGUCUGACCAGCCUAGCUCGCCUGCACAUCAUUCAGAUCAAAUACCUCCUGAAUCUUCUUCACCUGCACCCAAUCCAGCCUCAGAAAUUGGAAGACCCUCUUCACCUGCACAACCAUCGUCUCCGGCACUCUUUUAUCAUACAUCUUCAUCAGCCCAGGAUACUUUUGGACAGGAUGGGUCUCAGAGUCAAAAUGGUCGGGUUGGUGCAGCAAUGGGUUCAUCACCUUUCAAAUACCCAUCAUCUCAAAAUCAAUCAUCUGACAAUUACCCAUCACAAGCGAGAAAUGAUCCUAGGAUCACUUCUACAUACUCCAAUAGGAGUGAUCGAUUAAUGCCCGCCUCCACGUCAUCACAAGGUAGUCGACAUGGUCACAGAGCUAUGAUGAGAAGAAAUGAUAUUCAUGCCUCCGACCUUUCUUCGCCCAGAAGAUUUAUAGAGUUUGAUCACCCAUCUCAUAUGUCUACUUCUUCUUCAUCGUCAGCGCCUCCUUCAGAAGCUGGUGGUGAACCUUUAAGAAUUAUUUGGGGUACAAAUGUGAGUAUUCAAGAAUGUGCCAAUAAUUUUCGUAAUUUCUUAAUGUCAUUUCAAUACAAGUACAGAAAGGCGUUAGAUGGCAGAGAACAAUUCAUCGACGAUACUACAGAUGAGGAAUCCUACUACGUGAGGCAAUUGACUGAGAUGAGGGAACUGGGAACCACUAAUCUAAAUUUGGACGCCAGAAAUCUACUUGCGUAUAAACCUACAGAAGAACUUUACCACCAACUUUUAAACUACCCUCAAGAAGUCAUUUCCAUUAUGGAUCAAACUAUAAAGGAUUGUAUGGUUUCCUUAGUCGUUGAUAAUAAUAUUGAUUACGAUUUGGAUGAUAUAGAGACCAAACUAUACAAAGUUAGACCUUAUAACGUGGAGACCCAGAAAGGUAUGCGUGAAUUGAACCCUAACGAUAUUGACAAGUUGAUCAGUUUGAAAGGACUUGUGCUAAGAUGUACUGCGGUGAUUCCUGAUAUGAAGGUCGCUUUUUUCAAAUGUAAUGUAUGUGAUCAUACAAUGGCAGUAGAAAUUGAUAGAGGGGUUAUUCAAGAACCUGCUAGAUGUGAACGUGUGGAUUGUAACGAACCUAACUCCAUGUCACUAAUACAUAAUAGAUGUUCCUUUGCAGAUAAACAGGUUAUCAAAUUACAAGAAACACCGGAUUUGGUCCCUGAUGGUCAAACCCCACACUCAGUGUCAUUAUGUGUUUAUGACGAGCUAGUUGAUUCUUGCCGAGCAGGUGACAGAAUUGAAGCUACUGGUACUUUCAGAUCAAUCCCAAUGAGGGUAAACCCUAGACAAAGAGUUCUCAAAUCGCUCUAUAAGACCUAUGUCGAUGUGGUUCAUAUUAAAAAAGUAUCAGAUAAAAGACUCGGUGUCGAUACUUCGACAGUAGAACAAGAAUUGUUACAGAACAAGAUGAAUCAUAGUGAAGUAGAAGAGACUAGACGGGUUACAGAUCAAGAUAUUGCAAAAAUUCGUGAAGUGGCCCAAAGGGAAGAUUUGUAUGAAGUGCUGGCACGUUCAAUUGCUCCAAGUAUUUUCGAAUUAGAUGAUGUUAAAAAGGGAAUUCUUUUACAGUUGUUUGGGGGUGCGAACAAGACAUUCGCCAAAGGUGGUCGCUAUAGAGGUGAUAUUAACGUUUUGUUAUGUGGUGAUCCAUCGACUUCUAAAUCUCAAAUUUUACAGUACGUGCACAAGAUUGCUCCCCGUGGUGUUUACACAUCAGGUAAGGGUUCAUCUGCUGUUGGUUUAACCGCAUAUGUAACUAGAGACGUUGACACAAAGCAAUUGGUCUUGGAGAGUGGUGCCCUUGUCCUGUCCGAUGGAGGUGUGUGCUGUAUUGAUGAAUUCGAUAAGAUGAGCGACUCUACAAGAUCUGUUUUACACGAAGUAAUGGAACAACAGACAAUUUCUGUUGCGAAGGCUGGUAUCAUUACAACCUUAAAUGCAAGAGCCUCCAUCUUAGCGAGUGCUAACCCAAUAGGUUCUAGGUACAACCCCAAUUUACCUGUUACCGAAAAUAUAGACUUACCACCACCAUUGCUAUCGAGAUUCGACCUGGUAUAUUUGGUUUUGGAUAAAGUUGAUGAAAACAUGGAUAGGGAAUUGGCUAAACAUUUGACAAGUCUUUAUUUGGAAGAUAGACCCCAGAACGCAUCCAAUGAUGAUGUUUUAUCAAUUGAAUUUUUAACGAUGUACAUCAAUUACGCUAAGGAAAAUAUCAACCCUACGAUUACAAAAGACGCCAAGACUGAAUUGGUCAGAGCAUAUGUCGGGAUGAGAAAGAUCGGUGACGAUUCGAGAUCUGAUGAGAAGAGAAUCACUGCAACGACAAGACAAUUGGAAAGUAUGAUUCGUCUGGCGGAGGCACACGCUAAGAUGAGACUUUCUAACGCAGUAGAAAUUGAUGACGUGCAGGAAGCCAUCAGAUUGAUUAGAUCUGCCAUCAAGGAUUACGCGACAGAUCCAAAGACAGGUAAAAUCGACAUGCAAUUGGUACAAACGGGGAAAUCUGUAAUCCAAAGAAAAUUACAAGAAGAUCUCGCUAGAGAAGUGCUAAGAGUUCUUGGGGAUUACAGUUCAGAUUCCAUGACCUUUAACGAAUUGUCAAGACAAAUCAAUGAACACUCUCAGGAUAGAGUAGAUUCAUCGGAAAUUUCCGAAGCACUUUCAAGGUUACAGCAGGAGGAUAAACUGAUCGUACUGGGAGAAGGUGUUCGGAAGUCUAUUCGUCUAAACAGUCGUGUAUAG